AUGCUUAUAGCUCCGCCGUCGUCACCUCAAACCCCCGAGAAAAAGUGCAGAUCCCCCAAGCGGCGCUUUGAAAAGUCUCCAUCACCUUCCCCAAUUUCCAAGCUAAACGCGGAAUCUUUCAGAUGCUUAGACGGCUCAUUUUUCCGGGCACAAGAAGAAGAGGAAGCCCGAAACAUUCCAUCUCCGCCCAAAAGACAACGAAUGAGAUGGAAUGCGGUAGAAAGAAAGGCAGAUACCAAGCUUAACACCAUCGCGGAAAAAUUCAAAGCUCGCGAGAAUCCUCUAUCAAGAAGAGAGAGACGACUCUUGGAGAAAAGACACAGGCUAAAGCUAGCCAUAAGGAAAAAAGAGGAAUUAGAUAUCACUGCUACCGCUCCAUUGACAAACCUUGCAGGCGAAUCUUGUUGUGAAAAUGUGUCCGUUCUGGAGAACAUAAGCAUUAGUGAGGACACUGGGAAGGUGGAAAAGAAAUUGCUGUCUAGUUUGACCGAAGAAAAAAGGGAGGAGGAGGAAACAAAGGAUCGCCUUGCGGCCCUUGUCAAACUUUGCGAGAGCUUGGAAGUUACUCAAAUAUCUCCAGAUGUUGAACAAAUGAAAGCAGGCAGUGGAAUUGGUAACCAUUCGACUACUUUCGAAAUAGACUUGUUUGGUGGAAAUAAAAACCUAGUUCAAGGCAUCAAAUUUGUUUCCCGAGGCCGAGAAAAAAAUAGGCCCAUUGCACACGAAAAAGAGAAUUCGGAAACCUAUUUGAAGUUUCUUGGGCUAUUGUGUAGCCAGAAAGAAACAGGAACUAAGAAGAAGAUGAAAAAAUUAGCCCUCAUCAUUGAGAGUCUGAAGCGUAUGUUUAUGAUCGGAAACCUGGAAAGAAAAUUGCAGAAGAUUGAUGACAUAAAGACGCGGGAUGGAAUGUAUCUCAAGGCCUUGGAGUCUUUGGACGAAGAGACAGGAACAGAGUCUAACAAUAGAACCGAGGACUUGAAGCUGAUGAUCGAGAUCUUCAAAUCUGUUCGAAGCGGACAAAUGGCGAAGGACUUACAAGCACUACGAGAAACCAUCGAUACGUGUUGGAAAGGCUUGGACUGGUUGAUUAGAGAGGCAGAAGCGGCUUAUGUGAGAAAGACACAAGAAGAACAGCCUACUUCGCCCACUUCAUUCAAGGUUCCUGGUUCUUCUGAAAAUGAAUGCCAAGGUGUUGUACCUUUAGCAAACGAAUAUGAAGGUAUCAUAACGAAUGAAAUACAAGACAAGGACGUCGGAGGGGUCGAAUCAAUAGGAAAUUCUUCGGAGAAGAUCUUGAAAGAGCCAGUUUGGGAGGCCACGAAGUCUCGAUGGGAAGAAGAUUUCCCAUUGCCUGCAGAUUUCGACGAUGAAGCUGCUAUGUUGCAACAAGCUUUUAUUCAAUCGAACUACGACGAGUUUAUGAGAUUAAAGGCCUACCAUGGUACCUCGUGCUCAGCCGCCUCUGGAAACAACAUCAUCAGCAAAAACCCUAAUACUACCACUAUAAAAAGUCUUGAGAAGUUGAACGAAGAAAACAUUGAGGAAAUUAGCCUUGACGACCAACAGGACGCUGAUGAUGAGACUUCUGAUACAUCCGAGUCUGAAUCUACCCACUACAGUGCCGAUAGCGGCGAUGGAAAAAGUGAACUAGACACAAACAAGACAAGCGAAAUAGAAAAUUUGACUGAAAUAAAGGAUGUUUCAGUUGCAUCGAUUAAGGGUGUAAUAAAGGACCUUCUCAUUACUACUGCAGAGCAAUUGAAACAAGAUUUUACAAGUAUUUCUCAGAAGAAGUGUUGUGAAUCAACUGGAAACGAGUCCGACAAUUCUAUGGACGAAAUGUUUCUCGCGACUACUGCAGCCGUGGUCAGAGGAUCAUUCGAAUUCUUGAAGUUGGACGCGUUUGGCGAGGCAUUGAAACAAGCAACGGAAGAAGUAUUGGCAGACGGAAAAGAAAAAGAGCGUCGUUGUGUCACUUCAUCUGGAUCCACAGCCUCUACCGAACAAAAUAUCUCUAAGAAAUGGGCUAUCGCCUAUCCAGAGACCAUUCCAAUGCGUUCCUUUGAAUUGAUGCGAGCCAUCGAUAUCCUUAUCUCACUCACAAGGUCUACUCCACACAACCAUGCUAUCCUUGAAGAUACCCCUGAAUGUAUGUACGAUGCGUUAGUAGUCUUUAUACAGUACUACUUGGACACGUGCACCCACAGAAAGUGCAUUGAAAUCGUUGAGGGACAUCCCCUUGAUCAACAGAUUCAAUGGAUGAAAGAAAUGCACUCUUUUGUUUAUUGGUGGAAGGACGUGUGUGACGACUUUGAAAUAUUAUGGGGAAAAGGAGUACUGAACAAGGAGGUUCUAAAGAACUUUGAUGUAAAUGGAGUCAAUGGAAAUGAGGAUGAGGCUGGAAGAGAUUAA